AUGAGGGGCAAUCGCGUUGUGGAGUUCCCAGAUGACUUCUGGAUCCCGAUCCCUCUGGACACCGACAACAUCACGUCCCUCAGCCCCUUCCUGGUUCCCCAGGAUCACCUAGGAAGCCCAGGACUCUUUUAUUUCAUGUCAGCUUUUAUGUUUUUCCUGUUUGUGGCUGGCACAGCCAUUAACUCGCUCACCAUUGUGUGCACCAUCCAAUACAAGAAGCUCCGGUCUCAUCUGAACUACAUCCUGGUGAACCUGUCGGUGGCAAACCUCCUCGUCUCCACCGUGGGCUCUUUCACCUGCUUCUACUGCUUUGGCUUCAGAUACAUGAUUCUUGGUCCACUUGGGUGCAAGAUUGAAGGAUUUACAGCGACUGUUGGUGGUAUGGUCAGCCUGUGGUCUCUGGCUGUGAUAGCCUUUGAAAGAUGGAUGGUUGUCUGCAAGCCCCUGGGAAACUUCUCCUUCAAACCCAACCAUGCCAUAGCUUGCUGUGCUCUAACGUGGGUCUUUGCUUUGAUCGCUGCGAUUCCUCCUCUGGUUGGAUGGAGUAGGUACAUCCCUGAGGGUAUGCAGUGCUCCUGUGGACCAGACUGGUACACAACUGAUAACAAGUUCAACAACGAGUCCUAUGUGAUGUUCCUCUUCGGCUUCUGCUUCUCUGUCCCCUUCUUCACCAUCGUUUUCUGCUACUCACAGCUGCUCUUCAUGUUGAAAUCGGUUGCAAAGGCUCAAGCGGAGUCUGCCUCCACCCAAAAGGCGGAGAAGGAGGUGACCAAGAUGGUGGUGGUCAUGGUGAUAGGCUUCUUGGUGUGCUGGAUGCCCUACGCUUCCUUUGCUCUCUGGAUUAUAAACAACCGAGGGCAACCGUUCGACCUGAGACUGGCCACCAUACCCUCCUGUCUCUCUAAAGCCUCCACAGUCUACAACCCUGUUAUUUACAUCCUCCUCAAUAAACAGUUCCGCUCAUGCAUAAGGAAGAUGUUGGGGAUGAGUGAAGGUGAUGACGAGGAGUCAUCGACAAGUCAAUCGGUUACUGAAGUCUCUAAAGUUGGACCUGCUUAG